AUUCCGUGGCCAAUUCUGUGGAUUAGCAUGCCAUCUCUUUCCCUGUUACUAGUCAUUCCCCCCUUUCCUCCUUCCUUGCUCUAGAGUCUCCAUUCAUCUUUUCUCUGAUCUCUCAGUUGAGCUACAAAGCAAGUAGUCAACUUAUUAAUUCUUAGAUCAUUAGAUACAAGGAUUGUGGGUUUGCAUUUCUUGAACAGCAAUGACUUCAGCACUUCUCUGCAGUUCUCUGCACUCCUCAACCAUGGGAUUCUCAAGAACCCACCUUCCAAUUCCCAGCCUCAAAUACUUCUCUGAGGAGUUUGUGUCUUCUUUUGACCACAGUUUCCACUUCAGAAGUAAAUCAGUUGAGCAUAGGAAGAGGAUUACCUCGGUGAGGGCUGUAGUGGAAGCCCCCUCGUCUGCCACGUCUACUCAGGCUAGUGGAAGCGGUAAGAAUUUUCGGAUCCUUGUAGCAGGAGGUGGGAUCGGUGGGUUGGUUUUUGCUCUGGCUGCUAAGAGGAAGGGGUUUGAUGUGGUGGUCUUUGAGAAGGACACCAGUGCCAUUCGAGGGGAGGGAAAAUAUAGAGGGCCGAUUCAGAUACAGAGCAAUGCAUUGGCUGCGUUGGAGGCUAUUGACUUGGGCGUGGCCGACGAGAUUAUGAAGGCUGGUUGCAUCACUGGUGAUCGUAUUAACGGGCUGGUUGAUGGGAUAUCUGGUUCUUGGUACAUCAAGUUUGAUACAUUCACUCCUGCAGUGGACCGGGGCCUACCUGUCACAAGAGUUAUUAGUCGGAUGAUUCUGCAACAAAUUUUGGCUCGAGCAGUUGGUGAAGAUAUUAUUAUGAAUGGCAGUCACGUUGUUAAUUUUGAGGAUGAUGGAAAUAAGGUUACCGUGAUACUUGAGAAUGGGCAGCGUUAUGAAGGUGAUCUCUUAGUUGGAGCUGAUGGUAUAUGGUCAAAGGUGAGGAAGAACUUGUUUGGGCACCAAGAACCCUGGUAUUCAGGUUACACCUGCUACACUGGUAUUGCUGAUUUUGUGCCUCCAGAUAUUGAAACUAUUGGGUACCGCGUAUUUCUGGGUCACAAACAGUAUUUUGUUUCUUCAGAUGUGGGUGGUGGAAAGAUGCAGUGGUAUGCAUUUCACAAGGAGCCACCUGGUGGGGUAGAUUCUCCCAAUGGUAAAAAAGAAAGGUUGCUUAAACUAUUUGGGGCUUGGUGCGAAAAUGUGAUCGACUUAAUAAAUGCCACAAAUGAGGAUGAGAUUCUACGUCGUGACAUAUACGACCGUGUACCUAUGUUUACUUGGGGAAAGGGUCGUGUAACCUUGCUUGGAGAUUCAGUUCAUGCUAUGCAGCCAAACCUCGGUCAAGGUGGAUGCAUGGCUAUUGAGGAUAGUUACCAACUAGCUUUGGAGCUUGAGAAGGCUUGGAUUCACAGUGUUGAAUCGGGGACCCCUCUUGAUAUUACAUCUUCUCUAAAGAGAUAUGAAGAAGCAAGAAGACUGCGUGUCACUAUCAUAUAUGGGUUGGCAAGAAUGGCUGCAGUAAUGGCCUCCACUUACAAGCCAUAUUUGGGUGUGGGGCUUGGUCCAUUGUCGUUUUUGACAAAGUUCAAGAUACCACAUCCAGGAAGAGUUGGUGGGAGAUUUUUUAUUCAUUUUGCAAUGCCUUUAAUGAUGAGUUGGGUCUUAGGUGGUAACAGUUCAAAGCUUGAAGGGAGGUCACUCUGCUGCAGACUCACAGACAAAGCAAACAACCAAUUACAAAAAUGGUUUGAAGAUGAUGAUGCACUAGAACGUGCUCUUAAUGCAGAGUGGUUUCUUUUCCCAUCAGAAAGUGAGGCUAAUGGAGACUUACAACCAAUUCAUUUGGGAAGGGAUGAGAACAAACCCUGCUUUGUUGGGAAUAUUUCACAUGCCAACUUACCAGGAAUAUCAAUAGCCAUACCUUCAUCCCAGGUGUCCAAAAUGCAUGCUCGUAUAAGCUAUAAGGAUGGUGCUUUCUACUUGACUGAUUUGCGGAGUGAGCAUGGUACUUGGAUCACAGAUAAAGAGGGGAGGCGGUAUCGGAUUCCUCCAAACUUUCCCGCUCGAUUUCAUCCAUCUGACGUUAUUGAGUUUGGUUCUGACAAGAAGGCUGCCUUUCGUGUAAAGGUUCUGAAGGAUCCUCCAAAGGUCACUGAAAAGAAUGAAGAGAGGCAAAGCCUACAUGCAGUAUAACUAUUAGCAGGAGCAGCUAACGCUUUUGAGUUACCCUUAACUGUAUAGCAUGCAUUGAUUACCAGUGGUGCAAUGUAAAGUCAUUUCUUUUUUUUUUGUAUAGGAUUAAUCAGAUACUUGAAUCUGAGAUUUAGUAGAACCCUGCUUUGUUUUCGGUUAGAGCUGGGAGAAGAAAUGUAUUAUUUUGUUAACUUUCUCGAAGAAGCGUUCCUUCUUUUGUUGAAUUUUGAAAUAUUUAUAUACAAAGAAUGAAAAAAAAAAGGAGAGAAUGGAAAAUUUAUUACAA